AUGGAUUAAUUCAAAAAUUAUAUCUACAACAUUCUUCUUGAACCCUCCAUUAAAUCAGAAUUGGAGUACUUUGUUUAGGAAUUUGAAAAAAAUCCAACAGCAUACGAUUUCUUGGUGGACAAUCCUCAAGGUGUCUAAGAAAACUACAAGGAAGGCUAUAUUGGCCUAAGUCAGAGAUACGCCAAGGCAUAAUAAAUGCUCAAAAAAAAGUUUCCAGGGAAUACUCAUCUCAUUCAAUUUUAGCAUUAAUUAUAUGAAUUAGGAACCUUCUAUCUAAAUUGGUAAGCCUUUUUGCCAACAAUCCAAAUGUUGGGAACACCAGAACAAGUCAAACAUUGGCAAGAUCUUACAUUCAAUUAUCAAAUUCGUGGAGCCUAUGCCUAAACUGAAGUAGGACAUGGUUCAGAUGUGCAAGGCUUAUAAACAACUGCGGUUUUUGAAAAUAAUUCCUUCAUUAUAAACACUCCAAAAGCAUCUGCGUUUAAAUUUUGGCCAGGAUAACUAGGUAUCUUUGCCACCCAUAGUGUUUUACAAGCCAGAACAACAGUAAAUGGCAAGGAUAUCGGCAUUUAAACAUUUGUUGUUCCUAUUAGAGAACCUAAAACACUUAAGGCUUUAGAGGGAGUUGAUGUUGGAGACAUUGGACCAAAAUUAGGUUUCUUAAGGGCUGACAAUGGAUAUUUGGGAUUAAAGAAUGUUCGUAUCGAUAGAAACAAUAUGUUGAUGAGAUAUACUAAAGUCGAUGAAUCUGGAUAGGUGACUACAUCUUCAAAAAAUGCUAUUAAAUAUGGAUAUGGCAGUAUGCUUAAUUUAAGAGUUGGAUUGGUGAAUGUUUUCUCUAUUUUUGGAUUGUUUACUAAUAAUCUGGCUUAUUAUUAAGUCAAACCCUUAUUGAAAACAUAAUCAAUAGAAAAUGAAGCCAUAAUAUUUAGAUUGUUAAGAAGUUAUGUGGUGUAAUAUGCACAAAUAAUAGCCAAUGCUUAAGUAAAAGAAAUGUUCACUAGAUUUUAAAAUCAACUAAAAGCCAAUGACAAAUAAGUCAAUGAAACUUUACAAUUAGUUCAUUUAUAUUCUAGUCAAAUGAAGAGUAUUGCAGGAUGGGAGGCAGUCAAAACUUCAAGAGAGGCAAUGCAAAUCGCACCAUUUGGACAUUUAAAUGCAUCUGAUCUAACUAUAAUAUAUGCUGAUAAUGUUCCAUUUGUGACCUAUGAAGGAGAUAAUAAUGUUUUAAUGCAAUAAACAGCUUAAUAUUUGUUAAAACAAUUCGGAAAAGUGAGUGGGGGAAAUGCAUAAUUUACAGGAAUGGCUUCCUAUUUCAAUAAAUAUACUUAAGAAAACAAUCAAAAGGCAUCUUUCCAAAAUUUAGAGGAAGUUUUAGAGAGAUUGAGUUAUUCAUUUUGUAAGAAGACUGUGGAAAACUUCUAGAAUAAUUUAAUUAAUGGUCAUUCAAUUUAAACUUCAUGGAAUGAACUUAAUUAAUGUGAAUUGAUAAAGGCUUCUGUUCUUUUUGGAUAUACUAAUAUUUAUAAGUAAAUGGGAGCACAAAUAAAGAGCAGUGGUUAUAGUUUGGAAUUGUUAAAAAUACACAAAUUGUUUGGACUAUUCUUAAUUUUAGAGAAUAGAACAACUAUUAUAUCUUUUGGUAUUGCUGAUUUCAAAUAAGUUGAAAUACUGGCUGAGAUUGAUUAAUAGUUUAGUGGCAAUAACAAAUUAGAAUUUUUGGAUUACUUGGCUAACGGUGUUGGAAUGUAUAGACAAAGAAACUUUAUCAAUAUUGAUUGGGACAAACUAAAUCUAAAGGCUAGAUUAUGA